CAGAGAGGAGGAAAAGCGUGUUUACACAGACGGCCGAGAGCCUGGGGAAUAAUGCGCGAGAGGAAGUGAGCCGGCUCUAUGUCUGCGCGCUCCGACUUCCUGCUCUGAAGAAGGAGAAAAAACCUCCGGAUCCCCUUACAUUCUCGAGCGCCGCAGCCCAGACUGCUUCAGCAUGGAAAACCAGCGCAUUAUACGGAAUUCUCUUUAAAAACAUAUACGGGAGGAAAGUAGACGUCUAACACCAGGUCAUGGAGAGUGCCAUCACGUUGUGGCAGUUCCUGCUGCAGCUGUUAUUGGACCAGAGCCACAAGCACCUGAUCUGCUGGACGUCUAACGACGGGGAGUUUAAACUGCUCAAGUCAGAAGAGGUGGCCAAGCUGUGGGGCCUGAGGAAGAACAAGACCAACAUGAACUAUGACAAGCUGAGCCGCGCCCUGCGUUACUACUAUGACAAGAACAUCAUCAAGAAGGUGAUUGGCCAGAAGUUUGUGUACAAAUUUGUGUCCUUCCCGGAGAUCCUGAAGAUGGACCCCGCGGCGGUGGAGAUGGGGGUGCAGGUGUGUGAUGAGGCUGGUGGAGCCCUGUCAGAGGGGGAGGGGGAUGAGGAGGGGGUGAGGGGUGGCCCCCCAGGGAGGAACGAGUACCUCCACUCAGGCCUCUACUCCUCCUUUACCGUCAGCUCCCUCCAGCAUCCCCAGGACCUCCUCCGUCCCCCUGAUUUACUCCGACCAAUCAAGGUGGAGCCUCGACAUGAUCACCAUGACGACAGUGGCACGGUGAUUCGCUUUGUUCAGAACCGCAGCCAUAAGGGCGGGGCACUGCCGGUGGUGUCUCUGCCGUCAUCCCCGCUCCCUUCCUCCAAUGAGGGCUACUAUUCAUCCAAACCUUCCACAAGGCUAGCCCACUCCUCGUCCUGCUCCUCCUCCCCAUCACACAGCCCCACACACACACUCUGGAGGGCACGGAGCCCCGGCCCUGAGACUGACGAAUCAGAGCAGAGCGCUCAACCCCUUAACCUAUCAUCUGGUCACAGAGAUCGUGGCCAGGCCACACCCACACCAGAGAAGAGGGGCUUAGCCAAUAGUGUCCCGCCAAAAACCAGGAAGCCUAAAGGCCUGGAGAUAUCCGCACCCUCCCUGCUCCUGACAGCCAAUGACAUCGGCUCUAUCGCCCUCAACAGUCCUGCACUGCCCUCAGGGUCCCUAACACCAGCCUUCUUCACUGCACAGACUCCCUCAGGUCUCAUCCUCACCCCCAGUCCCCUGCUGUCCAGUAUCCAUUUCUGGAGCAGCCUGAGUCCCGUAGGACCCCUGAGCCCCGCUCGCCUGCAGGGCCAUGGACCCCUGUUCCAGUUCCCCACCCUCCUGAAUGGGCCCAUCCCAGUCCCCCUGUCCAGCCUGGACACCUCCUCCCCCCUACUGCUCUCCCACAACCCACACAAGUCCUGAUCAUCCUGGAGGACAGUACCAUACCCUACUGGACUGGACCGAAACAGGCUUAAAUCAGGCCCGACCAGAACAAAUAUGCCCAGUCCACGCAAUUUCAAAUCCUGGACCCCGACACAGCAGGACUCGAGGCCAAAUCAGGUUAAGCCAGUAAAUAUCAGGACACUGCUGCAAACCUACUGGAUCAGCCUUUAACUGCGUCAAUAUCAUUGACUUGAAGAUACAUUUUCUUUAGCUUAGUUGAAAAUAUUUUGUCAGCUUUCUUCUGUUUAGUUUGGAUCUCAUCCAUCUUGAAAACAUGUUCUAUCCCAUAUUUAUCCACUUCUCAAUGCCAGAAUGCUGUCCCAUGCAUUGGACCUUUUCAGCCCUUUAUCAAAUGCCUGGCGUAUGGUUAGAAAUGUUUGUAUCAUUGGUUGAUAUGUUCAUCUGAGGCUGUGGACCUGGUUGUGUUUUUCUAUGGUAUUGUAUUACACUUUAUAUGCAUUAUUACCUUGUACCGGCUGUGCCUUCUCAAAUGUAAGAGUGUUAUGUAAAUGUUUUAUUUUCAAGCUUUAAAACUCUUUUUUUUGACGAAAUUCCAGUUCAAUAUUGAACAAAAGCUUAUUUGUAACAGCUUUUGGUUAUUUUGUUUUUAUAAAGGAAUUGAUACAAAUGUA